AUGGCAGACCGACCCCACCGCGGCGGCCGCGGCGGUCCCAGAGGAGGCCGUGGCGGAGGAGGAGGUCGGGGCGGGACAGGAAGCAGCGCGCAAGCCCAGGGCCAGGACAAGGAGCGGCCCAAGAAGGAGAACAUUCUGGAUCUGAAAAAGUACAUGGACAAGCGCAUCACGGUCAAGUUCAAUGGCGGGCGGGAAGCUACCGGCGUGUUGAAAGGGUACGAUGCGCUGAUGAACCUGGUGCUGGACGAGGUGGAGGAGUUGCUCCGAGACGACGAAGGAAACGAGAUGACCAGACCGCUGGGACUCGUCGUUGUGCGCGGCACGCUGCUUGUGGUGAUCAGCCCAGUUGACGGGAGCGAGGUGAUAGCAAAUCCCUUCCUUCAGGCUGAGGAGGAAUGA